AUGGGUAUCACCGACUUCUUCAGCGACGUUUGGGAGACCUUCUCCCACCCCUCGGCCGACGCCGAGCACCCCGUCCAGGGUGGCACCAGCACCAAAUCGCCCGCUUCCGGCACCGACGAGGAGAGCGGCGACGAGGCCGAGGUCAACAAGCAGGACACAAAGUCAGGCGGUUCGGAUGAGCAGGGACACAAGCCUUCCGAGGAGCCUGAAGAGGAUGAGGAUGAGGAGGAAGAAGAGGAGCCAGACCCAAAGGACAAGCUCGAGAAGGAAUGCGCCGAGUCCAAGGAAUGCCAUGGCCCCAAGCACCACUACGAUGAGUGCGCCCAACGGGUAACAGGCCAGAUUGAGGAGAAGGGCAAGGCCGACGAGGACUGUGUCGAAGAAUUUUUCCACCUGGCUCACUGCGCAACCCAAUGCGCCGCCCCCAAGCUCUUUGCUCAGCUCAAGUAA